AUGACAAAGCUGCCUGCCGGCCAGCGCAUGAAAUGGGGGCCCCAUCAGGAGCACGUCCUGCGUUUUGGGCCCUGGACUAAGGUAGGUACCUGGGUGCAAAAUUCCGAGUCGGCGUCCCCUUGCUCACAUGGCGGGGAAGUCUUGAAACUGAAAGCAUCUCCGGAUGGGCCUCUGUACAUAUUAGCUGCUUUGACAGACCGAGAGAGUGGUAAAUAUGAAGUACGGACUCUGAUCAACAGGUAA